CCUACAGCCCGUGAAGGCAGCAGCAGAUGCGGGUCUUAUUUGUUCUCUCCGGCAGGAGGGCGUUCCGCUGGAGAAGAUACAAACAGUGUGCUGAAUUAUGCCGGUGGUCGUGUGUACUGGUUCAUAUUUAGAUGCUGUCAAAGCUUAGUUUCUGCCUCAGAGUUGUGGGGGGGGUUUCGGACACCCGGAUCAGGCCUUCCUCGCUGUUCAGCCUACCUGGUGGUUAUCACUGCCGGGGGAAAGGCGACAGAGGAGGCCAGGCUCGAAGACAUGGAGGCUAAGCGUCCUUGCAGAGGGAGUGAGCUGUAGGACGGGGAGACUUCUACAGCGUGUUGGCACCCACAGAAUGGACCCUGCUCACAUUGGAGGGGAUAUGUCACCUUUGUAUAUGCCAAGAAAGAGAAAGUCUGUCCAGUCGCAACCUAAAAGUGGAGUGCCAUGUCCAGUUGUUCAGCGGAUGCCAGAAAGAACCUGUGAAUUAAAUUCAGCUGGAUAUCCCAAGAAUGACGAGUCUCAAGCCCAGGAUGCUCUAAAGAUGAAAAGAACAUAUGGUAGAAAGAGGUACGAGGACCUCCAGAGUGUCUCCAUAGGAACAGUCGAUUACCCAACCACCAGCUGCUCAGUGAUGUCAUCAGGCGGCCUGGCCAAUGGGGCGGACCCAGGCUCCAUGGCUCCGCCCACUGCCAGGCUGCCUCCGAGACUGGUGGCAAAGGACGUGUGGCCUCAAGGCCCAGAGGCCAGCAGGGAGCAGUCCCAGCCUCAGGACCAGAGCUGGAACUCCAGCAGGGACAGAGGCCCCGACGCCUGGGCCCCGGGUAGAGACCGACCGCAGGAGCAGGUGUGGAACUCUGGCAGAGACCGUGCGGGACACUCCAGUCAAGACCAGACGUGGAUUCCAGGCAGGGACAGGCCCCACGCCGGACCGGACCAGGCCUGGAUGACGGGCCGGGACCGAGGUCCUGAGCAAGGCUGGGCGGCCGGCAGAGAUCGAGGCCAGGAUCAGGCUUGGAACGCAGGAAGGGAUCCAGGAAGAGACCGGGCUUCCUCAGGGCCAGAGCAGGCGUGGGGAACUGGUCGAAGCCAAGAGCAAACCUGGAGCAACACAAGCAGAGACAGGGGCCACGUCUGGAGACCUGACUUGAACAUGAAGAAAGUCCAGAGAGUCGACAUGGAGCAAAGCCCGACUGUUAAUAACUUCCCACAGCCACCAGAGGGCCGAGACUCUUGUUCAGAUGCAGCCAGUGUUGGAGAGGCCUCGACCGCCCAACCCAGCGAGGAGCAGAAACCCCCCAUCCCCUCCACCAAGAAGGAGCCUCCAACCUACCCUCCAGGGAGUCAAGAGGAGCGUUGGCAGCUCCAGAUUGUGGCCAAAGGCAGAGUCACCUGUCCGAAAUGUAAAAGUGUGAGCAGGAAGACAGUGGACGGGCUGAAGAAACACAUGGAGAACUGCAGACUGCAACCCUUCACAUGUCAACACUGUGGGAAGCAGCUGAAGUCUUCAACAGGGAUGAAGUAUCACAUCAUGGCUGACCACAGCCAUCUGCCCUCAGCAGAAGAUGCCAAGGACCUGGAUGAUCGUGUCAUCAAAGACAAACUGCGUAAAAUCCUGAAGAGACUGGGCAAACUAAAAUGCUCUAAAGAGGGCUGUAGUGCUGCCUUCACCAGCAUCAUGGGCUAUGUGUACCACAUGAAGAAGUGUGGGAAGGAGGAGUCUGAGCUGGAGAAGAUGCUGCUGAACUGCUCUCACUGUGGGAAGACGUACAAGUCCAAGGCUGGUCUGGAGUACCACCUGAAAUCAGAGCAUGCCCCAACGCCCCCGAAGAGCGAGGAAGACGAGGCACUGAAGGCCCAGAGGGAGGCCAACCCAGAGAGGACGGCCAGCGGCAGGGUGCAGCGAGCGUCGGCUCAGGUGGCAAACUUCCACCUGGCGGAGAUUGCCAACAACGAUCUUCCCAAAGACUGGCCCAAGAGGAAGUUUCAGUCGGACCUGGUGCCAGAUGACAAAAAGCUGAAAUACGCCCGACCAGGCCUGCCGGCCUUCAGCCAAGAGGUGCUCAGGAAGUGGAAGAAUGAGGUGAAGCUGCAGAGGAAAGUCCAGUGUCCCAACCAGGGUUGUGGCUCUACCUACACCAGUGUGUCUGGACUGAAGGCUCAUCUGGGACUCUGCACAAGGGGCGACUUUGAGGCUGGAAAAUACAGAUGUCUGAUCUGCAAUAAAGAGUUUAACUCUGAAAGUGGAGUGAAGUACCACAUCAACUCUGUCCAUUCACAGGACUGGUUUGUGACAAACAAAAAGGCCUCCAAGAAGUUUGAGAAGUUCCUCAAAAACCAGCCCAAGGAGUUUGCCCAUAAGGUGGACAAGCAGAUCGUGGAUCCGUACCACCAUAACCACCUCCAGCAUCAUCAUCAUCAGCAGCAUCAACACCACCACCACCACCACCACCACCACCAUCAGCAGCAGCAGCAGCAGCAGCAGCAGCAUCAUCAGCUCCAGCACCAACCAUUGCAGCACCCUCUGCAACCACUGCAUCACCUCCAGCACCAAACCCAGUUUCUCCAUCCAGAGCACCAGAACCUCCCUCCGCAGGUGGACACCCAGCUCCAGCAGCCGAUGCCCCACUACACCCCGUUAGAGCCUCCUCCCGGGCCGCUGUGGGUGGAUAUGGACCGGAGAGGAGCGGUACUGGGGCCAGAGCAGGCCUCGAUCGAGAUGGGAAUGGCCGAUGUAGAGAAACCCGUGGAGGACAACAGCGGGAUGGUGGAGGAGAAAAGGAGAGAGAAGGGGGAGAGAGGAGGGGAAAGGGGCAAGGCUGAUGGGAAGCGGAAGGAUUGCUUUGCUUUCGGUAGCGGUGGCGGCGGCAGCAAUACCGGCAGCUCAUCCAGCGAAUCAGAGGUGGAGCAGCAGGACAGGCAGAGACAGGUUGACCAGUGGAAUCUGAAACGGCCGAGCAUCAUGGAGCCUCACCCUGACGCUGGAAAGCGACAGAGGAACACUUAAAAAGACACUAAAUCUGCAACAUCUGCUUCAUGUCAUGAGUCAGGGCUGAUUUUAGAGGUAGAAAAAGAGUGCCGUCCCUACUUCAUUAGCUGUGACCAGUGUUUUGUUUUCCACAAGACAAACAGGUGAGAAGGCAGCUGAUGACAGAGCUACAGCUUGGUUGGUGGAUACAGUGUCAGUGCUGAUGUGUGACUAUAGACACAUUCUGGUUUAGAGGCUGUUUUUACUAUCUUGAAAUGGUUGUCAUUGAAUAGCCUUGAGAAAUGUAGUAUACCGUUUAUCUGUGUGUUUAUCUGUAACAGAGUCUUCUCACCAACUUUAAAUGUGUCUUAUUCCUUUAAAACAUUUGAUAAAACCUUCACGUGUACCGUAAAGGUCCGGUGUGUAGCAUUUAAGAGAAAUGGAAUAUAAUAUUCAUAGCUAUGUUUUCAUUUGUGUAUAAUCACCUGGAAAUAAGAUUUGUUAUGUUUUUGUUACCUUAGAAUGAGCCUUUGAUAUCUGCAGACGCAGUUGGUCAACUUUCAUGGAGUCCGCCAUGUUGAACAUCUUUCUACAGUAGCCCAGAACGGACAAAGUGAAGUGAGGGAGUUUCAAUCUGCAACUACACUGCUAGAUGCCACUAAAUCCUACACACUGGACCUUUACAGGGAAAACGUUACUUUAACUUUAAGAGAGGAUGCUACACUACAGUAUUUUGUUAGACUUAUGUAGUCGCUCUCUUUCUGAAAGGAUUUUGUGCCUCUUCAGUAUGAUUUGUAUAACUUCAUACGACUCAUCGUAAUUUUUACGUACAACUGAUUGGCCUUUUCUAACAUUGGAUGCGUCACUAUUCUGGUGAUAAAUAAGAAAAAGAUAAAUUCUCCCUGGCUUGGAUUCCCCUCACCGACUCCCUUCCUGUAUCAUAUUUUCAUCACAGGGGUUUUGACUGAAAUUACAUUGUUUGACCGUGCUUCCACAGUGAACGCAACUUGGUUCAUGGCUAGCAUCAAGUUGCCAUCCUUGAGCCAAGUCUGCUGGCAGCUUGGAGAGGACCUGUAAGCAUCUGUGUAGUGGUUCAGUUCAGUUACUGGAGUUUAAACUGGUGAAGUGCAUUUGAAGAACAAUGAAGCAAAUCCAUUAGUAUUACAUAUUAAAGGAAUUUAACAUUUUCGUACAACGAUCGAUACCACUCUUGUUCGUUCAUCUACCCGGUAUUUCUAUGCAGAGUGUCUCAGCACAGCUGCCUGGCUGCCUCACUGUGAUAACAACACCCCAGGAAGUCACUGCAUCCGGCUGUCUUUAGCCAAGAAAUAUUUACAGCAUGUAACAGACCCUUAAGCCACAAAUUGCUCCUAUUUAUGGAGGAUUAAACAAACAAGAUACAACCUGAUACAACCUUGCCCCCAGGCUACAGCUCGAUCCUUAAAGCAGACGUGAGAGUGGUAUCGAUCUUACCUAAAUCUUGGAAAGAAAGCAAGAAAUCUGUUUAUUUCCCAAAAUGUUGGACUGUUCCUUUUAAAAGCAGCAUCAUGUUGGCCUACCUCAUUGAUAUUGUUCUCUUAAAGCUCUCAACGCCCAGUUGUCCAAGAAACAGAAAACAACAAGAUAUUGAAGCUGAUCUCUGUAGUUUUUGAGAUGUGUGUUCCUGUGGUUUCCUAAAAGUCGUCAAGAUGUGGGAAUCUUUGAAUUGCAUUAAUUAUUUUUUUUCAUUUUAGUUCAACAAAAAAAGUCCAUACUCAAAGGCCACUUACAUUUGAAAGCCUUAGGUAAAGCUAGUAAGGGGACCUUACUUUUACACGUUUUAAUCAGUGUUAAACAUUCCACGCAGGACUUUUGUUCACCAAACAAAAGUUUUGGGGGAAACAAAGUAAGCACAGAAAUGUGAUUGAACACAGACCAAUAAAUGUGACCGUCAACACAUUGUUGAGGAGAUGAAUGGCAUGCUGGUGAUGUAUCAGUUAUGUUACGGUGCAGACGGGGGGUCGGCAAGGACCGACACAAGUGGCAGUCUAACUCUAAUGAAGGAAAGCUAACAUACCAAGCAUUUAACAUGGAGGGUGGGCAUUUUUUAUUUUCUGUUCAUUCUACAAAGACAGACCUAUUUUUGUCUGUCUCAGAAUAUUUAACCGAUAGCAUGUAGCCUAAUGUUUAUGUACUCUGCAUUUUGUAUCUACUAUAGUGGUGUAUGGUUAUGGAUGGUCUGAUUGUCUUUUGUUUGUGAUGUUUUAACACUAUUUUAUAUAUUUUUUUACAACUUUUUUGCAUUUAUGAAUGUAUUUGGUUAUUGGUUUCCCCCUCUGUUGUGUACUUAUGUUAAGCCAGCUUUUCCUCUAAAAAGGGAUCAUUCAUUUAUCAUUUGUCUUGAUUUGAAACUUUCAAAGAGAAAUACCCUUUAAUCUGUUGAUCUGUCUUUAACAAAAUGUGUAAAAAAAAGAUAAAAAAAAAGAUAUUCUGUCAAAAAUAUUUCCUGUAUCUGACUUGUUUAAAGUGCUUUACCCUUCAUGGCCCUCCAUCAGAUGCCUUUUGGAAGAACAGCCUGUGUUGUUUAAGUUAAAAAUAGGAAACCUCUUAGUACAUGGGAAGCAUUUCAAAAAGCAUGAUUUUAUAGAAUUCAACUUGCAGUUGUAGAGCAUGUUGGAGAACAUGCAAUUUAUACUUACAGUCAUUUUACUCGUAGUGAUGGGACAUAUAUAUUGGUUCUGUUUUUUAUUAUUGUGAAGCCUAAACCGUCAGCGGUAGAAGAGACAAACUUUCAUGGUAGCUCAGUAGCUCAGUUGACUGACAAAUGCACAUUAAACCAACAGUUUAACCCGUAUUCAGCCAUUCUCUUGGCUUCGCCCAAGUCAGUAAGCCUCUGAAUAUGGAUUGCUUUAGGUGCUUGGACCCACGUAUGCAUGCUUGUCUUGUUUUUAUUUUCUAUUUUCACUUAAACCUUUCAUUUAAUCACAUUUAACUCCUGAGAUUGAGUCCAAGCCAUGUUACUGUUACUUUAGUCUCUUUGGUGCUAACCAGUUGCUGCAUCGAUGGGGCUUUUUUCUUAUAAGUAUCCAGUAAUGCUUUAUAAUAAUUAGAAUAAGAUCAUAAUUGUAAUUAUUAUUAGUAACCAUUCAGCUACCAAGGCAGUCCUCUUUAAAUGAAGCAAUAUCUGCCUGCAACCCAUUGUCAGUGGUUGUAUGUGUCUAAUGGGUUAUAACCAACUCAACCAGUUCCUCGUAGAGGUACUAGUACUGCAUCCUGUGGUUCACAUGAAACAAAGCAAAGGGUUUGAGAACGUCUCAAAAAUUCAUCUGAUUUUGUGUUGCAAGUUUUAUUAUUUUGUUUGUUUGUUUUCCUGUUGAUUGUUCUUCAAUUCAAAAUGUAAAAUCCUUCAGGACCUGGCUUGAAGUUGUCUUGCUGUUGAAAUACUUCCCAUGUCCACUUAUGCUCGUGACCAAAUCUCUAUCACCGUGCAUGCACUUUGAACUGUUUGAUGGCACAAAGGAAAGCAUUGCUCAGCAUUAAGAGACUUUACCACUGUUUUAUAAAGCAGCCCCGGUUUUUAUCCCCCACAUACCUUCUUCUUUAUCUUUGAAAAUAUUUACUUUACUUACAGUAGCAGCUCUUCGUCUUAAUGCUGGAGCACAAAUCUGUAAUGCAGAUUUAAGUGAAAAUAGUCUGUUUUUUUUGUUUGUUGUUUGUUUUGUAUUUUAGUGCCAACAUAAGAGUUGUCACCUACUAUAGGCAAUAGAACCAAAACAACUACAUUAUGUAAUCGAAUAUAAUUGACAAUAGAGAGGACUAAUGAGAGGCAUCCUGAAGUUUUAUAAGCCAGAAGCCCUGCAGACGCUGUAUGUCAGUGUCCAUCCUGUGGGCCGUAUACUCGAUGUGAUGCUGGAAGUGGAAGUAGUGUCAUUAACCGUACAGUAAAGGAGCUCUAGAAUGAAAAUAAUUAAAAACUGUUCUCCUGUCUUGUGCCAUCACCAUCCAUACAGAAAAUAUACAGUAUAUAUAUAACCUAGGCCAGAUUUGAAUAAAGGUUCAGUCUUGUAUCAUUUGUAAACACAUAAAGAAAGAAACUUACAGUUUGUGAGACGUCAUUUCUAUAAGUGAAAAUAGUUAUGGUCUCUCAGCCAACCCUGCAUUAAAAAUCUGUACAUUCAAUAUGUUAUUACUUGGGUUUUUUUUAGAAGUUAUGUGCUGCUAUUUCAUAGUACCAGCAGUGUUAUAACCACAGAUAAUUAAAGGUUUAAUUCAUGGUCA